CAAAUUCACAACUCAACCUGGUUUUGGGUACAUGUCAGUCCACUCGCGGGACACUCGGAUCCACGACAGGUCGAUGCCGGCAUCCCACGAACAUGCCCCGACCGCUGCCGUCGACGACGCCGCAGUCCCGGACACCUCUUUGAUCGGAGAUGCUCCGUCUAUGGACGCGACGCACUCGAUCGCGCGUCCGUUCACAGCAGUCCAAGCAUCCUCGACAUGGAGUCAACUGUCGUCGCUGCAUGAAUCGGUCUUGACACCGUUCGCGUGGAAGCUCGACGUGCAGCAGAAGAGCUUCAUCGCAGGUGCCGCGGCCGGCAUAGUGUCGCGUACAGCAACGGCCCCCAUGGACCGCAUAAAGGUCGCACUGCAAGCAGGUCACGCGCACGGCGGCGUCUGCCACGAGUCGAUCCCAUCAGUGGCGCGCAAGAUUUAUGCAAGUGGUGGAUGGACUGCGUUCUUCCGCGGCAACGGUGCCAACGCGAUCAAAGUCACGCCGGAAUCCGCUAUCAAGUUCUGGUCGUUUUCGUUCUUCUCCACGCAUUUUCCGUACCACGAGCAUGGCGAACCUCUGUCGCCGGUGGAGAAACUCGUCGCCGGCAGUCUCUCCGGCGCGAUCUCUCAACUGGCGAUCUAUCCGCUCGAGAUUGCCAAGACGCACUUUUGCCUCGGUGGCGAGUACAAGUCUCUCUGGCAUUGCAUCUCGAGCAUUGCGUCCAAGGAUGGCUUUCAUGGGCUCUAUCGCGGUCUCGUUCCAUCUCUUCUCGGCAUCGUACCGUACGCAGGUGUCGACCUCGCGCUCUUCUUCACGCUGAAGGAACUAUACACGACCAAAUUCGACGUCGCGCCUUCUGUCGGGCAUGUCCUCGUGUUUGGCGCCAUCUCGAGUUCGUGUGGUCAGGUCGUGUCGUACCCGUUGCAGGUCGUCCGAACGAAGCUCCAAGCACAAGGCAUGGCAGGCCGGCCUGUCGUCUUCACCGGCAUGACCGACUGCUUCGUCAAAAUCCUACAGAGCUACGGACUCCGCGGCCUCUACCGCGGCAUAGUCCCCAACUUUCUCAAGUCUGUCCCCGCCAUAUCCAUCAGCUACGCCGUUUUCGAAACUGUCAAGGACGCGUUAUAA